AUGCGAUCGCAAGUGAAUGACUGCGGCGAGGAAGAGCUGCAUCAUUGCGGGUUGUUACAGAAACCAUAUAAGGAGUCUGAGACUUCCAGUUUCCGGUCUUCAUCCGACUGCCCGCCUGCCUACUUGGUCCCCCGUCGCAACAAGCUUCCCAGAGACCUAUCCUUGUUCCGCCACGCCUUUGCGCUUGGUCAACCGCUGCUCGCCAACUCCAUCCAUCCAGUCGAGCAAGAAAAGCUUGCACCAGUUCGGACCAGCAUGUCGGCUCAGGCAGCCACAGCUGAUUUCUCCAAUCAGCACGAGGCGUCUUCGCCCACUGACAGCAUUCACGACCACAAGGGCAGUCAUUCACACAGCCAGCUACCAUCCGCUACACAGGCCGACGAUGACAUCGAGAAUCUCUCGGACGAAGAGCGUGCCGCUCUGGAGAAGUCGCUCAAGAAGAAGCUAGAUUGGCAGAUUGUUCCUCUCUGCUUGAUGCUGUAUCUUUUGAGCUUCCUCGACCGCACCAACAUCGGACAAGCUCGACUCAAUGGCCUCGAAAAGGAUCUCAAGAUGAGCAAGGAUGGGUAUGACUACCGCAUUGCUCUGACCGUUCUAUACGUCCCGUACAUCAUCUUUGAAAUCCCCUCAAACCUCCUCGUCAAGAGGAUCGGUCCUGCACGUUGGAUCCCUGCCCUGGUCGCCUCUUGGGGUCUAGUCUCCACACUUCAAGGUGUCGUCACCAGCAAGACUGGUCUGUACAUCAACCGUGCGUUCCUUGGGUUUACAGAGGCCGGCAUUCUACCAGCGCUUGCUCUCUAUUUGACCUUCUUCUACAAACGCGAAGAGCUUGGCAUCCGACAAGCGCUCUACUUCUCCGGCGCAUCGCUCUCUGGUACCUUUGGCGGUCUCCUUGCCACAGCCAUCGGUUUGAUCAAGCACAAACCGGGUGGUUGGGCUUGGAUCUUCAUCAUCGAGGGCAUCUUCACCAUCUUCUUCGGUAUCGCAUGUCUCUUCAUCCUGCCCAACGACAUCUCCAAGCUCUGGUGGGUGACUCCCCAGGAGCGCAAAUUAGCAUACGCCCGCAUGGCACCUCCCGUCACCAAGGUGCGCCCAGACUCGGAAGCUGUCACGGACGUCACCGCCACAGCUGAAAAACGCGUUGCCGCCGUGGCUGACGAGGCAGCACUCGAGUACACGGGGAAGUUUGUUCUGCGAGAGGUCAAACGCACGUUCGUGGACCCGCUCGUCUUGAUCUUUGCAGCCUCUGGAUUUGCUUACGCAACGUUGUUGUAUUCGAAUGCAUUCUUUAGCCCGACCAUCAUCAAGUCGCUUGGUAUAGCAAAGUCGACUGCCGAAUCCCAGCUUCUUUCCGUGCCACCUACCGCUGCCGCCUUCUUCGUCUCGAUCUUCUCGGCUCUCCUCUCCGACAGGUACCGGUGGCGAUGGAUUUCAGUGGUUGCGCUGAUUCUGAUUUCGAUUGCCGGAAUUGCGCUCGCGUACGGCUCGCGAGUCGCGUCUCAGAGAUAUGGCGGAAUCAUUUUGCUAUCUUGCGGAACUUACUCCAUUCCUCCUCUCGGCAUUAGUUGGAUGCUGAACAACACCUCCGGACACUACAAACGAGCUACUGCUAUUGCCUUAUACAUCGUGUGUACGAAUUCCGGCGGAAUUCUCAGUUGUUGGCUGUUCUACAACCAGGAGGCUCCUCGCUACGCUCGUGGCUUCCUCGUCAACCUCGGACUCAAUGCGGGAGCGCUUGUCCUCGUCACGGUGGCCGAGCUUUACAUGAUUUGGGAAACCAAGGCACGAAAGGCGGGCAAGCGAGACUACCGCGUUACCGAGCUCAAGCAGCAAGGCUGGGGCGAUGCCAAGAUCCGCGAGUACCUCGGUGAUCAGCACCCCGAAUUCGAGUACAUGCUUUGA